CUGCUCAUUAAAAAGACAGAGUAGGGUUUGUGUUGUCAAAACUCACACACAAAUCAAUCAAAUAAAUAAAUAAAAAACCGGGAUGAACAUCGAUAUGGAUACUUCCCCCAGUUAUUUUGAUCCUCAUGAUUUAUCCGACCGCGAACGUUUUCGCCGUUACGGGAAAAGGCUCUCCCCUUCACCGCACCAAGAAAACUAUCAAUCCAAAUUCACAAACGCUGCUUUAUUUCUUGAUAAUAUUAAACGACAAGUUGUUGACCACCAUCACUACGACGGCGACGGCGAUCACUCCACCCAUCGAUCUUCUUCCAAAAGGAGAUCACCGUCCACAGAUGGCAGCCUCGGUGGUCGACGACAUUCCUUGAAAGUAGUCAAGCAUGAGGAAGAUUCAUCUUCAGUGGACAGCGGAGAUACUACAUUUUCUUUAUUCGCAUCUCUCUUCGAUUCUGCACUUCAAGGAUUGAUGUCUAUCCCUGAUUUGAUAUUAAGGCUUGAAGAAGCAUGCCGCAAUGUCUCAGAAACAAUUAAUAACAGUUGUAGUGAGAGACAUAGGAUUGUUGAGGACAAACUGAUGAGGCAAAAGGCUAGGAUGCUACUCGAUGAAGCUGCUUCUUGGUCGCUUUUGUGGUAUCUAUAUGGGAAAGGAAACGAGGAGCUUCACGAGGAUUUAAUGAUGUUGCCAACAACUUCACAUCUGGAGGCUUGCCAGUUUGUUGCUCAAGAUCAUAAAGCUCAGUUAUGCCUUAGACUUAUCCAAUGGCUUGAAGGAUUAGCCUCCAAAGCCCUAGAUUUGGAGUACAAGGUACGUGGCUCUCAUGUUGGCACACAUCUCCCUACCUCUGGAGUUUGGAAUCAUACCCAAAGGUUUCUAAAGAAAGGCUCCUCAAACGAAAAGAUUGUUGACCAUUUGGAUUUUGAUGCUGCAACCCGUGAACAUGCUCAACCACUACAUGAUGACAAGAAACAAGAUGAAUCUCUACUGGAAGAUGUGUGGAUCCUAUUAAGGGCUGGAAGGUUGGAAGAGGCAUGCAAUCUUUGCCGUGCUGCAGGACAGUCAUGGAGGGCGGCAACCUUGUGCCCUUUUGGAGGGCUGGAUCAUACUCCUUCUAUCGAAGCACUUGUAAAGAAUGGGAGGAACAGAUCUUUGCAAGCUACUGAAUUGGAAAGUGGUAUGAAUCAUCAGCGCCGUCUCUGGAAAUGGGCUUCAUAUUGUGCAUCAGAGAAAAUUGCAGAGGAAGAGAGUGGGAAGUUUGAAGCAGCAAUAUAUGCGGUAAAUUGCAGUAACGUGAACCGUAUAUUACCCAUGUGUACUGACUGGGAGUCUGCUUGCUGGGCUAUGACUAAGUCAUGGCUUGACGUUCAAGUUGAUGGGGAAUUAUCUCACCGACAACCUGAAAGAAGUUCUGGUGAUGCAACUGAAUUAAGCCUUGAACAUGGGGAUCUAAAUUCUCAAUCAUAUCUUGGACCAGAUAAUUGGCCACUUCAAGUCUUAAAGCAACAGCCACAUGAUCUUUCUUCUCUUCUUCAAAAGCUUCAUUCAAGCGAGUCGGUACAUGAAGCUGUUAGUCGGGAAUGCAAGGAGCCACACCGUCAGAUCGAGAUGUGUCUAAUGAUGGUUGAUAUUCCUCGUCUACUUGACCUUAUUUGGUCAUGGAUAUCUUCUUCUGCAGGCGAUGAAGAUUUCUUCAGGCCUCAUGGUGAUCCUCGGAUGAUCCGUUUCGGUGCACAUUUAGUUCUCGUACUUCGUCAUUUACUUGCUGAUGAGAUGGAUGAUGCUUUCAAGGAGAAGAUAAUGACACUUGGCGACCUGAUUCUUCACAUGUAUGUGAUGUUUCUUUUCUCAAAACAACAUGAGGAGUUGGUUGGAAUCUAUGCAUCUCAGCUUGCACGACAUCGUUGCAUUGAUCUGUUUGUACAUAUGAUGGAGUUACGGCUGAAUGGCAGUGUUCAUGUCAGAUAUAAGAUCUUUCUCUCUGCCAUAGAGUACCUACCAUUUUCUCCUGGGGCUGAUUCAGAUUGUAGUUUUGACAAAGGAAGCUUUGAAGAAAUUAUUGAAAGGGUUUUAUCAAGAUCACGCGAAGUGAAAGCUGGAAAAUAUGAUGGUACAGCUGACGUGGCAGAACAAUGUCGGUUGCAGAGUCUUCAAAAAGCUAUGGUCAUUCAGUGGCUUUGCUUUACACCGCCCUCAACCAUUAAUGAUGCUACAAGGGUCGGCACAAAACUUCUUCUCCGAGCAUUGAUGCACAGCAAUGUAUUGUUCCGGGAAUUUGCUUUGAUUUCUAUGUGGAGAGUUCCAGCAAUGCCCAUUGGGGCUCAUACAUUGCUUAGCUUGCUUGCCGAGCCAUUGAAGCAUCCAUCAGAAACUUUGCUUUCCACAGAGAACUCUGAUGUUUCUGAUAGUUUGAGAGAGUUCGAGGAUUGGAAUGAGUACUACUCCUGUGAUGCUACUUACCGCAAAUGGCUACAAGUUGAGUUGGAUAAUGCUGGAGAUGUAUCAAUUGAAGAAAAACAAAGGGCUACUGUGGUAGCUUUGGAAACAUUAUCCUCGUCGAUGGCAUUGCUACUGAGAGAAGAGAACCCAUGGUUGGUCCCUACGGAGGAUGAAAUCUAUGAAGUAGUGGAACCUACAAACCUUGAAUUGCAUGCGACUGCAAUGCUUUGUUUACCUUCUGGUGAAUGCAUGUCUCCGGAUGCCACAUUGUGCACAGCGCUUACAAGUGCCCUCUAUUCUUCAGUAAGCGACGAAGUUGUGUCAGAGCGUCAGUUACUGGUUAAUGUAUCUAUCUCUACAAAGGACGGUUGCUGUAUUGAGAUUGCCCUCCGAUGCUUGGCAACAGAGUAUGAUGGAUUUGGUCCGAAUAAACUUGCUGAUGGCGGUAUUCUCGCUGCAGUUAUUGCUGCCGGGAUUAAAGGUGAACUGGCUCGUUUUCAAGCAGGUGUAACGAUGGAAAUCUUCAGACUAGAUGCUUGGUACUCCGGAAGUGAUGGCUCUCUAGGAAGCCCGGCAACAUAUAUCAUGCGGGGUUUGUGUCGCCGGUGUUGUAUCCCAGAAGUCAUUCUUCGGUGUAUGCAGGUUUCUGUUUCUCUUAUGGAGUCUGGCAAUGCUCAUGAAAAGCACGACGAAUUAAUCGAAUUAGUUGCUAGCUCAGAAACUGGGCUUCUACACCUAUUUAGCGAGAACCAGUUGCAGGAAUUUUUGUUAUUUGAGAGGGAAUACUGUACAUGGAAGAUGGAGCUUCUUGAACAACCGGCUUCUUGAGUUCUGUAUUCAUGUAUUUCACUUGUAUAAUUUAUGGCUAAUCAUUAGUGUUUUGUGAAAUUUGAAAACUUAUGUUAUUGUUAGAUAUUUGUUUUCAUAGCAUUCGUUGCCAGUGUAUUUAGAA